GCCUGUGAAAGAACAAAUCCAUUCAUGAGCAGGCUCCUCUUUCUUGGCUCACCCUUCCUUCCUUCCUUCCUUCCUUUCUUGCUGUGCUGGGAAUUGGACCAAAGGCCCAGCACGUGCUAGGCCAGCGCUCUGCCCCAGGAGACACCCCAACCAAUGCCUGUAUCUCUAAAUGUCUUUGUUCCCCUUUCCUGGCCCAGAGAUUCCUCCUGUCCUGAGCCCCAGAAACCAAAAGGCCUGUGGUGACAGCCAGGAAAACACCCUCUCCCUUCCACUGCCCUGACAGCCCCAGGAGUAAUGAAGGAGCUGACCAGGCCUUGACCAGAACUCCAAGCUGACCUCAUGCUGUGACCACCCCCACCCCGCCAAGGAUGAAAAAGCUCAGGGUUCAUCAAUGACUCCACCUAGAGCCUGGAAAGUGGAUGUCAGCAGGAGAAAGAAUAGUGGGCACUUCUUACCUGCACCUUCAAGUACCCAGCUCUAGGAUGCCCCUCCCAGCACAAGAAGAAGCCCAUCUCAGACUUGGUGCGCACUCCAUGGAGGCCCAUCCUCAGCCCACCAACACCACCACCGCCACGGUGGCUCAGCCCAGGGCCUCCUCCAGCCUCCAGCAGGUUGAGCAGGGCACUGGACAGGGAGCUGCGGGAGGCACAGCCCUGUCCUGCUUCCACAGACAGCAGUGAAGAAGCACUAGGAGGAACGGUCUGAGGACUGAGAAUCAGGAGCGGACUGGCAAGAAAAGCUGUAGGGCUGAGGUGCUUCUCUGUCACAGGAUGGUUGACAAGCCCCAGCUGUGUGUAGCCCAUGGCUGUACUUCAGGCUCCUGCCUGCCAGGGUGAUGGGCUCUGGUUCUGCUUGCAUUCUCCCUCCCCAGCACCUUGGAGCCCCCAUGCUAUCUUCAGGGGGCCAGAGCAUCAUGCACCACCACUUCAUCCAGCCACAAGAGCAAGUGCUCAUCAACCGCCAGGAUAUCAUAAACAGAAAGGAUGCCUGGGACAAGCAGGAGUUUGUCCGCAUGUCCAUCCAAUACAUGCUGCAACAUCCAGCCUUCCAUAUUCUGCUGGCCCUGCUGCUGGUGACCAAUGCCAUCACCAUCGCUCUCCGCACCAACUCCUUCCUUGAUCAGAAACACUAUGAGUUCUUCUCAGUCAUAGAUGACAUUGUGCUGACCACCCUCAUCUGUGAGGUUCUUCUCCGCUGGCUCAGUGGCUUCUGGAUUUUCUGGAAGGAUGGAUGGAACGUCCUCAACUUCUUCAUUGUCUGCAUGUUGGUCUUGGGGGUCCUGGACGUGGUCAAUGUCUCAAUCACGUACUGUCUCAGGGUGCUCCGGUUGGUGCAUGUGUGCAUGGCGGUGGAGCCUCUGGCCCGGAUCAUCCGUGUCAUCCUGCAGGCGGGGCCUGGCAUGGCCCAGAUUGGGGUCCUCAUCCUCUUUGUCAUGCUGGUUUUUGCACUGCUUGGGGUCACACUCUUUGGUGAGUCCGUGCCUAUCCAUUUCGGGAAUCUGGGAGUGGCCUUGUAUACUCUCUUCGUCUGCCUCACACAGGAUGGAUGGGUGGACAUCUACGGUGACUUCCGGAUGAAAGAGAGAGACUAUGCACUGGAGAUUGGGGGAGCCAUCUACUUUGCCAUCUUCAUCAUCAUUGGUGGCAUCAUUGGCAUGAACCUGCUUGUUACUGUAGUGACCAGGAAUCUGGAACAAAUAACGAAGACAGAAGAGCUGGAGCAACAGCAUCAAAAAAACUUCAGUGAGACAGGUGCAGAGAAGGAAGACUGGAGCCAUGAGCUGCCACUCCCGCAUUGUACACUUGCCUGCAUGGAGAAACCUGAUCUCCACCAGGAAACUCUUGUAGGGAGCCCCAUGUCAAACCUCUCAGAAAACAUGCUUCACAAUUUCUGCUUGGUGCUUGAAGAAAUAGAGGAGAACUUAACGCAGUACAAGAAGAUCAGAGAGGAGCUUGACAACAUUGUGCAGGAAGUGCGUUCCAUCCCCUUCAACCAGGAGCAGAUAGAAGAGCUAAUGCGUAGGCCCUUCUCAAUGAGCCUGAUGGAAAGCGGGUCUUCCAUGGACCUCCAGAAUAUCGCUAAACAGCAAGAUUUGUUCAGUGCGCUGGUUAGCAGAGCAAAGGUUUAUGAGUCUGCAACAAACAUGACGCUGAGCAAACACAAGUUCAGCAUCUGAGAAGGCAGGAUGGGAGCCAAGGACCCUGCACACACACAGCCAGCUGCUGUGACUUCCUGCAUCCUGAGCAUGGGUUGGCAAGACCAGGCAUCUGUACUGGAAAUAAAAUUUUGUGUUGGAAUCAGUGUGUCUGACUGAUAGAUUCCCCACACUUUGGGACUCUUUGGGACAGUCUGAUGGGGAAGAUAAAGUAUCCUGUUUAUCUGAUAAAAGAAUCAGACUACCCUCAAGGGCUUCCAGUCUAAUGGGGGAAGAGAGACUAUCCCCCCAAACUUUUUGACUUAAUAGGAGAUAUAGAAGUCCUGCUCUUAGGGUCUUCAAUUUUGGGAGGAAAAGUCUGGGCUUCACAGGCCACCAUUUCUUGCAUUGGCCCCCAGUACUGCCAGAAAGCCUGCGAGUCCCAACAGGCCCCUAAACCCUGUGCCUCUAAUACCCCCACACACACUGGUGUGUUCUGCCAGGUCCCUCAAUACCUGCACAUCUCUGAUUGACUGCACCCUUCCCUACCGCCUUACCCCUGCAUGGGCCCAGAACCCCAGUUCUACCUUGGGGAAAUGACUGCCCAUACUCAGUACUCUCAGACUCCAACUUCAACCAACCAACCACCUUUUCUUACAAGGUACUACUGAGGUAGGAUUAUUAAAAAAAAAACUAGAUAAAAGGUAGACAAGGAAAUUGAGAUUUUAAAAUUACAGACACAAAUUACUCAAGCCUUUUUCUCUUCCAGGCAACUCACUUGAAAAGAAAAGAGAAGGGAAAAGAAUCUCAAAGGUCUUGAAGACAUAUGCCUCUAUAGGGAAAGGAAAAGGGGAUGAGGGAGGGCAGGAGUAUGGG